AUGGCGGGCGCUGACCAGAAAUCCUUCCUAGGGUCCUUUUCUCCCUGGGCGACCCCCAAGAGUUCUACGCCCCAGCCGGAUCGCUCUCCGAAAAUUGAACCUCUUCAGCGCUCUCAAGGCGAAGAUCAUACAGUAACCCACCGACACAAGCUGGCUUUCCGUCAUUACCCCUUGGAUUGCCCACCGCUGAAAGUGAGAUGGUUUUAUGCGGUGGACUCACCAAAACGGAAGCCAGUCCUUCUUGAACCGAAUAAAGUCGAUCAAAAACCACCAGCUCCGCCAAAGAAGUUCAUACCCUUCUCGCAAAAAGACUCUCAAGCAAUCGAAGCGACAUACUUGCGACUAUCGGAGGCUGAAGAUUGUAAAGAUAGCUCUGAAGCCCAACCGUCAACCACCAGCCCAAUUUCAAAGAAAGUCCCAGUGAAUGAAGACUACCUAUUUGAUGUAGAUGUGGAGCUUCGGGAAUUAAUUCCAGCUUACUGGAUAGGUCCUAUCUACGAAGUUCGUCGCGGAACGUGGUUUUUCCAGGAUGGCUCAACCUUGAAGCCUUGCGAAGAAAACCUUGCAACCCAAUUAGAAGAGGGAUAUCUCAAGAUACGUCCAUGGAAGGUAGAUUCUGAAGAGACUACCUUGUUUGAUCCUGCCAUAAAGGACAGAUUGAAUCGACCGGAGGAAAAACCAGAUUCCCAGCCAGAAACCGACACGUCACACCCACAGAAACCAGUAGUCAAGUCUGCUUCUCAAAAUGCUAAAAGUGAAGAAUCUGGACCUACUAUGGAUUCUCAACCAUACCGUCUUUUUGGAGCUUACAUGAACCGGGUUGUUGUCUACCAGGACGCAUCGACGGCUUGGAUCAACACUGAUGAUUUUAUGUCACGUGUCAGUACAACUGUAUACCAAAAGUUAGGCGGAGUCUCUGGUAGAAAGGUGGUACGUGGUCUAGUAGAACAGAAACGUGCGAAGGAUACAACGGAUUCUCGGACUCACGAGCAAAAGUCCAACGAAAAGGCGACUUCCGAAGCCAGCUCUGGCAUCUCAACCCCUAAGGUUGCACAGUCUGCUGGGUCCGGACCGAUAGAAGUACCAAAUGUGGGAGAAUCUACCGAAUCAGUUGGCUCUGGUAAGCUGCCUAGGUCUACGCUUGAGAGACAGAUGUCAUCACUUGCUGGAGAGCCACAGAAUCCGGCAGAACUUGAAGAACAAGCUCGUCAGCAGGAAGAACAAGAGAUGGAAGACUUGGGGGAAGUCGAUAGUGAAGAUAGAGAACGGGAAGUUGAGCACUUAAUCCUGGUUACCCAUGGCAUUGGCCAGCGACUUGGAUUGCGACUGGAAAGCAUCAAUUUCAUUCAUGACGUGAAUGUCCUUCGAAAAACACUGAAAGGUGUUUAUAAAGCUUCACCCGACCUUCAGGCCCUUAACUCGGCAUUCGCCGAUACCGAUAAAAAUUGUCGCGUGCAAGUACUCCCCGUAUGCUGGCGCCAUCUUUUGGACUUUCCUUAUCGAGGGGUGCGGCAGAACCGAAAGGAACUUGACUUGGCUGAUGGAGAUACACUCGAGGAUGAUGCAUAUCCUAGCUUGGCGGAUAUCACACUGGAAAGUGUGCCGGCUGUACGCAAUCUAAUCUCGGAUCUAGCAAUGGAUGUGCUCCUCUAUCAAAGUGGGUAUUGUGAGCAUAUCUCAAACAUUGUGAAACAGGAGUGCAACCGUAUUGUUCAUCUGUAUAAGAAGCGCAACCCAUCCUUCCAAGGAUCUGUCAGCCUUUGUGGACACUCCCUUGGCAGUGCGAUUUUGUUCGACAUUUUGUGCCAUCAACCGAGUGUCGUUGAUGGGCCCCGAAAGGAUAAAGCGAACAUGGAACAAAGCGAUAAUACUUCAGAUCAAGAAGGCAACGGAUCUAGCGCCUUAAAUUUCGAAUGUGAAGAGUUCUUUUGCCUGGGAUCCCCGAUAGCGCUUUUUCAGAUGCUCAAGGGGAAAACAAUUGCCGGAUACUCACCUGUGGGUGCGAAGAAUCGCAAAAGUGCACUGGACGUUGAACUUGAAUCCCAAACUCUUGGAACCCCUGGAGAAUCAAAACAGGACUCGCAUGGCAGUACCGGACGGCAUAGAACUGAUCAUUUCGCUAUCUCUUCUAUACCGAAAUGUCGGGACCUGUACAAUAUUUUUCACCCAUCAGACCCUGUUAGCUAUCGUCUCGAGCCGCUUGUCUCCCCGGCGAUGGCAAGUCUCAAGCCCCAGCCUCUCCCGUCAGUCAAGAAAAAUCUGUGGACGACCUCUGGUCAGAGUCUUUCUAUUCUCAGGGAUCGUAUGGGCCAGAGCGUGGGCUCUCUCUGGAGCAACUUCACAUCUGGCGUCGCUAGCAGUUUAUUAAACCGGCAUUUGGGGUUAAAUUCCGACGAAGGCUCUGCCCAUGAGAAACCAUCCGAUGGCUCACUGGGGCACAAGCGUACUCAGUCCGGAUCUGUCCAACAUUCGUCGCAUGAAUCCGAAGAUCACUUCCAAACCUUGAUUGAUUCAGAUCUCGAAACUUUGUACGAUGGGUUUCAAAAAAGUCGUAGGAUGCACCGGGAUUCGUCGACCAAGUCCCCCGACGAAAACGAAUCAGAGUUUGAUUCUGAAGAGCAUGAACGAAAGAUGAAGUUUGAAGACGCCAAAGUGCGCUCCUUAAACUCCAAUGGUCGUGUUGAUUAUAGUGUGCAAGAAGGGGCAUUCGACAUAUCUCUAAUUGCAAGUAUUGCCAGUCACCUCACAUACUGGAGCGACGAAGACGUCAAUCACUUUCUCUUGUCCCAGAUGCUGUCGCGUAAAUCCCGGCAUCGGAGAAAGCGGGAGUAG